UUUACAAUAUUAAUUGUUAGGAGCUUUUCGUUACAUUCGGAAAGGUAAUAAAUGCAAUAGGUAUUUAUAAGACUAACCUUACUGAUGUAUUAAAAAGAGAAGUUUCAUUCCGAACGCAGCACAAACUAUCUUGGGACAUUACUUUUCCAGUUGCGACCUAAGCAAAAAAAAUUAUUAGCAGUGAUUCUCACAUGCAUUCGACUUGCAGAUACUUGUCGGUUUUUAUAUGAAGAUAACUAAAAAAAAUAAGUGAAAAGAAUUUUAAUUAAACUAUCAAUAAAAAUUCACAGUAUUUUAGCAUUGAUAUUUAUUCAAAGAAAAGCGCAGAGGUUAACUACAACUUAAACAUGCAAGAACAUUUGAUGAGUGAUGAGCAAUUUUUGGCGCACCAAAUGAGUUUAGCUCACGUCGGAGAUGGUUUCGACGAGGGUAUGGACGGAGAUUUUGAGGAUGAUGAUUUGGAGUUUGGAGGCGUGCCUCCAAAUCAUAUACAAAACAUACCUGUUGUACCUCCUGCUCCUAACCAAGAUGUAAUACAAGAUGAUCCUCAAAAUGAUGAACGAAUUAAUCCAAAUGACAACGGAGAUAAUAAUCUUGUUGCUAAUCGACCUGGAAACCCAUCUAUUCGCCAAGGUAAUGACCCAGUUGCAAAUGGAGGUGUUGAUCAAAACAACGCUCAAGGUGGUCAUCAAAAUAACAACGGAAGAGAUAACAAUCAGCAAAAUAAUAAUGUUCCUGCACUCCAGAACGUUCAAGUUAUUAACCAAGGUCUCGGACGUGGUAACCAAAUUCGUUUUCAACGAGUUCAUCAAGCUUAUAACAAUGCAGCAGCUGGUGAUGGUAAUUUGGGUUUUGUCCAGCGGAAUGUCGGCUUUGGUAAUUUGCGUCAACCGCGAUCAUUGAUACGACAAAAUGUUCUUCAACCCUAUCCUCAAGGACAUGCUGUUUUUGGUCACCACCAAGGUGUAAAUCGAAAUAUAAGGUAUCCUUCCGGAUUCCAACGUCAACGGUUGCUCACUCCGGUAGAAGCUACACGGGCUGCCCGAUUGAAAGGUAUUAUCGAUAACUUAGAAUAUGAACUCCAGCAAAAUCGUGAAGUUUACAGAAGACUGUAUGGUUCUAUUCCUGGGGGUCAUAAUCGUGAUGCUGGGUACUGGAAAAAUAAGUUUUUCCAAGAGAAAAAAAGAAAUUCUAACCAAGGAAAAAAUCUUUAUUUUUUUAAUAGCAAGUAGUUUAAAGUCAAUUGUUGUUCUCAGUGAACUAUUUUUUUUUACAAUUUAUAAUAUAUUGUUAAUUAGUUUUCUUAAAUAUUCUAAAAGAUGUCCUUAUGA